AUGCAUCGGGCAGGACUUCUUUGGGUGAUUCUAGCCACAUUCCUAGGAUAUGUCUCAUGUUAUGGAGUGGAUUUCCUGUCGGCUGCCGAUUUUGUCGAAGCGGACAAACUUUCACCCGAAGAAGUAUAUGGUAAACACAUUCCUGUAGAAGUUGUGAACGAUUAUCGCUCCGAUAUCCGGGAACCUCUUGGAGUACAUAGGCGCUCAAAGCGGAAUGGCGUGUCACGGGUAGCCAAACUAUGGCCAAAUGCGAGGAUUCCAUACGCGAUCUCUCCACACUAUACUCCGCAUGAACGAGCUUUACUAGCUCGCGCUGUAAAACAGUACCACGAAAAGACAUGCAUUCGAUUCGUUCCACGAUCUGGAGGAGAACCGGAUUACCUUUUUAUAGGUAAAGUGGAUGGCUGUUUUUCGGAAGUCGGCAGAACUUCCGGAGUGCAAGUUCUGUCUCUUGAUAACGGUUGUAUGGAGUAUGCAACCAUCAUCCAUGAAAUGAUGCAUGUUGUCGGCUUCUAUCACGAGCACGAAAGAUGGGAUCGUGACAACUUCAUCGACAUCAUCUGGCAAAAUAUUGAUCGAGGAGCUCUUGAUCAAUUUGGCAAGGUUGAUCUUAGCAAGACAUCCUAUUACGGUCAGCCGUACGACUACAAGUCUAUCCUACAUUACGAUAGCUUAGCUUUCAGCAAGAAUGGCUUUCCUACCAUGUUGCCGAAGCAGAAAUCAGCAACCAUAGGAAAUGCAAAGGACUUCAGUGAAGUGGAUCUAGCGAAAAUAAACCGGAUGUACAAUUGUCCCGUAGAAAACAAGCUGCAGACGGCCCCUUUUGCUAGAGCACAACACAGCCCCAUCUACUCCGUUAUGGACAAAUACGACGACCGGCCGAAGCUCCCUUCGCAGUAUUACGACGGAAUGCAAAAUUCUUACUCCAGCAAUAAACCACAACGAUGCGAAGACAAGAUCACCGUCUGCUGGUGGACAGCGGACCGAUGUCGCGCACCGGCUAUCUAUGCCAUGAUGACCUCCUUGUGCGCAAAGACGUGUGGAUUCUGCUAACAUCGUCUUCAAAGUGACACCCUUCGUUGCAUCACUCUAAAUGCUCUCUCCUACGAUGAACUCAUCCACCUCUCUCUCUGUAUAUACUGUUUUUCAUC